AUGGGGCUCCCGAAGAGCUUCUCUAGCCAACGGACAUGCCUAUCUGCCAUCCUCAGCAUGCUAUCACUCAGCCUCUCCACAGCAUCCCUGCUCAGCAACUACUGGUUUGUGGGCACACAGAAGGUGCCCAAGCCCCUGUGCGGGAAAGGUCUACCAGCCAAGUGCUUUGACGUGCCGGUGCCCCUGGAUGGGGGCGGCAGCAACGCAUCUUCCCAGGAGGUGGUGCACUACAGCUGGGAGACCGGGGAUGACCGGUUCACCUUCCAUGCCUUCUGGAGCGGCAUGUGGCUAUCCUGUGCGGAGAUCAUGGAAGAACCAGGGGAGAGGUGCCGACGUUUCCUUGAACUCACACCACCAACCGAGAGAGGUGAGGAAGGACUACUGGAAUUUGCCACGUUGCAAGGCCCACGUCACCCCACUCUCCGAUUUGGAGGGAAGCGGUUGAUGGAGAAGGCUUCCCUCUCCCACCCUCCCUUGGGGCUUGUGGCAAAGAUCCUAUGGUUAUCACUGGGAGCCCAGUUUGCCUACAUUGGACUUGAACUCAUCAGUUUCCUCCUGCUACUGACGGACUUGCUAUUCACAGGGAACCCUGGCUGUGGCCUCAAGCUGAGCGCCUUUGCUGCCAUCUCCUCUGUCUUGUCGGGCCUUCUGGGGAUGGUGGGCCAUAUGAUGUAUUCACAAGUUUUCCAGGCAACGGCCAACUUGGGUCCAGAAGACUGGAGGCCACACGCUUGGAACUACGGCUGGGCUUUCUACACGGCCUGGGUCUCCUUUACCUGUUGCAUGGCAUCAGCGGUCACCACCUUCAACACCUACACCCGGCUGGUGCUGGAAUUCAAGUGCAGGCACAGUAAGAGCUUCCGAGGAGCCCCAGGCUGCCAACCGCAUCAUCACCAGUGCUUCCUGCAGCAGCUGGCAUGCACAGCCCAGCAGGGGGGCCCCAUGACCAGCUACCCCGAGUUCCACGGCCAGCCCAUCCGCUCCAUCUCCGAAGGGGUAGACUUCUACUCAGAACUACAUGACAAGGAACUUCAACAAGGCACCAGCCAGGAGCCUGAGGCCAAGGCGGCUGGCUCACCUGUAGAAGAGUGUUAG